CGGUCCCACCUCGGGGACCCCCGCCCGCCUUCCGCCCGCCACCGCCCUCAGGCGGCGGGAAGCGGCGUCGGCGCCUACCGACGGCGGCCGCCGGGGCCGGCCUGUCUCCAGCGGCAACGCCGUAACGCGGCUCGCGGCGCGCACGGGUGGAAGGGAAGGGAAGGGACGGGCUAUGUCCGUUUGUAUAACGGAUACACACAUCAGGAAAAUGGCACAGUUGUUGGACAAUGAUAAGUUUUUGGAAAAAGUUGGGGUGACCACAAAAUCCAGUCUACAGCAUGAUCAUCUGCCAUGUCAAGAUUUUCCUGUGUCUCAUCUAGGACGAGAUAAUGGAUUGCUGGUAACGCAUAUCAACAAGACACAAGAUUUGUUGAGAGUACAAAUGAAGAAAAUGCAGUCUAAAAAGCUGCAAACCACAGAAGAAUGGCUAAAAAACUACAGUUUAGAAUCCUUGCAAUUAACGUUACAGCAUCUGAUAAAUGAAGGAAAUAUUUUGUAAGUGCAAUUUACAAACCCUGUCU